AUGGACUAUCAGAGCGAGAACUACGGGGGAAACAUCAACUUGAUCCGCCAGACUGUCGAGAAAAACCGGGACUGGUACCAGCGCAUUAGGGUCUUGCAGUCAGUCAUUGCAGUUUUGACCCUUCCUCUUACGACAUCGGUCAUGUCAGCCGCAGCCGUCAUCUACGUCCAACGAAGUUCGCAAGAUCUGAGCUUGCGCCAAUUAAUUGCACUGGCGGACAAGAGCUGGACGGAUGCAAUAGCUGUAGCAACGGCUCCAGGGGGACGGCACAAGUCGCUUUUUCUCUUGGUGGCUAUUGCAGUGUACAUCCUUGGAGGUGUGCUCUCCCCGUUACAGGAAUCCUUCUUGUCGGUCCUGUCGAAGAAGGUCACUUACUCCCCCGGGGGCACGAGCUACCUGACCGAUAUUCCCGAGCAAUUUAAGUACACAGGUCGAACAUAUCGCGAAGACAAUUCAGUUGUUCUCAUCACACGUGGCUUGCUGGAAACAACUAGCUCUUCUCAGCCACAAGCGCAGUUGUGGCAAGGCAGCGGCUACGCGUGUUCUGACUCUAAAGAGGUCGAUGGUAAACGCAUAUCAGAGGCAUGCCGCUUCGGAACGACCCUUGAAGACAUUCCAAAGCUAAAAGCCCCUUUUCUGGCACAACUACCAGCUGGUUAUUCGACCGGACUUAUCCGCCAGUUCAUCCCUCGCAUCAACUCCACAACAGACGUGGUUUUGAUGACUGCAGAAGACUUCCCGAGGUCUUGUGACACAAUGCCUGGAUCUUUCUGGGCAAGUUACUUCACUGAAGGUGGCGGUAUGAGCUAUCCUGGAUAUCCACCGGUUUCGAUCCAAAUAUGCAUGCCAGGCAAUCUCACCACCACUCCGUGGAAGCGGACAAGGGAUCGGCAGACCUUUAAGGAGAACCUAUAUCUUAACAUUAGCUUUGGGCAAAAGGAACCGAAGAUUUCAUACUGGAAGAUCAGUAUGAGUACCACAGCGGGAUACUUUCAGCUACCAAACGAUUGGAAUCAAACGGCUGGCGAAUUGCUUGACAAAGACCCAUUCGGUCCUGAAGGUGCAUGCCACAGAGGCUGUGGAAAGCAAGUACAAGUACAUAACGACUUCAUGUUGAAAGAUAAAGAUGGUGGAGAUGAUAGGUUGUAA